AUGGAAAAUAAAAAGAAGAUUUUUAUUAGAGGAAUCGCUGACGACGUUGAUUCUAAUUUACUAUUUUCUGCCUUUUCACAGUUCGGCCAUAUUACCGAUUUAAAUAUACCAAAGGAUAAAUUCACAGAUAAGAACAGAGGAAUAGCUUUUGUUGAGUAUGAAGACGAGGAGGAUGCUAAACAUGCCAUUUUUAACAGACAUAACUCUGAAUUAUACGGAAGGAUCAUAAAAGUCGGUUACUCGCACAUGAAUUGA